AUGGCAACUCCUGGUGAGGCUCGUGGUUCUGCUACCUUGAAGGCCAUAACAUUCUUUUGUGUGCUUGCAGUUCUUGUAGCUGAUAUCCAGGGGCGUCGUCCUGCUUGUCCUCCUUUUUCUUGCGGCCAUCUGCAAGACGUCCAGUACCCUUUCCGCCGGAGAGGUGAUCCAGGCGAGUGUGGAGUUACAUAUUACGAGCUGGCUUGCACCGAUAGCAGGGCUACCAUUACGAUCAACAGCUGGACAUACUUUGUGACUGAGAUAAAUUAUGCCAAUUCUUCCUUCUUGGUUGUCGAUGCCAAGUUGGACUUGAGCAGCAGCUGCCCUAUUCCUCGCCGGAACCCGCAGCCUUACCUCUUUGGCCUUUAUAGGUUAGAAGGCUCGGAGUACAUGUAUGAACUGGCUCCUCGCUCAGUUAUGUUUGCUACCUUUGUGAAUUGCUCGCAGGAGGUCAGGAACAAUAGUCCAUACUUACCGGUUGCUUGCCGCAGCACGAGCUCCUCUUUUGUUUAUGUGCUGAUUGGUGAUCCCACUGACAUUUUCGCCCUCAAGCCUUCCUGUGGAUACCUGGGUGUGAUUAUUUUGGAAGGCGAGAGAUCGCCAUAUUAUGCAAAUUAUGGAGAUGUCAUGGAAUCCAUGAGAAACGGAUUUGCAGUUAGUUUUCGGCAAGAUCUUGUUACAAGCUUUGGACCCUUGCCAUUGCUCAGUAUUGGCGAAUUAAUCAGUCGACUGAAGUCUAGAAGCUAUACGUGGGAAAAGAUUUUGGAUCUUUUGCUAACUCGUUUGUUUCCUAGUAUACCUGGAAAAUAUGCAUAUGCAACAAUUCCCAUGUGGAUUGCCCAGUGGAUUGCAAUAACUGCUGUACUAUGCAGGUUCAUGCUGCCGCCACUGGUGGUAUUGACUUUCCUUGCCUACAAGUACUGGAGAACAAGGAUAACAAUUGAUGCAGUCGAGAAGUUCUUGCGGAUGCAACAAAUGGUGGGCCCAAUCAGGUACAGCUACACAGACAUCACCGCAGUAACAAGGCAUUUCAGAGAUAAAUUGGGCCAAGGGGGCUAUGGCUCAGUCUACAAAGGUGUUCUUCUCCCAGGAGAUAUCCAUGUUGCUGUUAAGAUGCUAGCAGGUAGCUCCAAUUGCAACGGAGAAGAUUUUAUAAGUGAGGUCUCCACCAUUGGCAGGAUCCACCACGUCAAUGUGGUCCAUCUCAUGGGGUUCUGCUCGGAGGAAAUGAGAAGGGCCCUAACCUAUGAGUAUAUGCCUAAUGGUUCUCUUGAUAAAUACAUCUUUUCGUCGGAGAGGAGCUUCUCUUGGGACAAGCUCAAUGAGAUUGCUUUGGGGAUUGCGAGGCGUAUCAACUACCUGCAUCAGGGGUGCGACAUGCAAAUCUUGCACUUUGACAUCAAGCCGCACAACAUUCUUCUCGAUACCAAUUUGGUUCCCAAAGUUGCUGAUUUCGGCCUGGCCAAACUGUACCCAAGGGAUGACAGCUUUGUGCCGUCGAGUGCCAUGCGGGGAACCAUUGGGUACAUAGCUCCUGAGAUGGUAUCUCGGAGCUUUGGUGUGGUAUCCAGCAAAUCUGAUGUUUACAGCUUUGGAAUGCUGCUACUGGAAAUGGCAGGAGGACGCCGGAAUGCUGACCCGAAUGCAUCAAACUCAAGCCAGGCGUACUACCCGUCCUGGGUGUACGACAGGCUAACAAGGCAACAAGAAGUGGGUGAGAUAUCUGCGGCAGAUGAGAUGCACGAGUUGGAGAGGAAGCUUUGUCUCGUUGGGCUAUGUUGCAUCCAGAUGAAGCCUCACGAUCGGCCGACGAUGAGCGAGGCCAUAGAGAUGCUCGAAGGUGGCGUUGACGGCCUGCACGUGCCUUCGAGGCCAUUCUUCUGUGACGAUGAGCACACCCCUGUAGCUGCGGAUUCUCACCACGUCUUCUCUGAGCUGACUACUCUGUCGGAGGAGGAUGAGUUUGAUGGUGCUUCUACGCAAGACAACAGCGCUGGUCUUAGAAAUGCAUAG